CAUUUCCUAACCGUGCUUAGCCAAGAGCAGACCAUUUCACUUUAGAGCCUUUUCCGUGUGUGUGUGAUUGUGCGUGUGCGUGUGUGUGUGCGUGUGUGUGUUGUUUUAUCCAGCAAGGAAAAUGUUCCUGUUAACAUCUACACUGAUCUUCAUCUCUGCAGUCAUGUUCCAGUGUCACGCUGAGCAGACGCUGGUGUGUCCCUACAACUCAAACAAUAAAAACCUGCAGAGAGUUUGGUGUAAAAGGGACACGACGGAUACCAAAUGCUGCACGGGUUUGUCCUUCAUGCCAGGAAACAUGGAGCUGGAGAACGGGCAUCUGGACGUGACGGACAACGGCACGGCUUUCACCGUGUCUGUGACGAGUCUGCCUCAGGGGGACGGUGUUUACUGGUGCGGCCUCAAGAACGGCAGCUACAUCAUCAGACUGGCCGAGAAAGAGCUCCGCAAUUCGAUGGAUUUCAUCUGGGCGAUUCUGCGCUAUCUGCUCUUCAGCCUGCUCCUGGUGGCUGUGAUCUCAACCCAUGUGUUCUGCAGCUGGAGAAAGCCGAAGGAGUAAAGUGAUAUGCAAGUGUCCAGAGAGACGUUGUGGAGAAGAUUUAUUUAGACCGGUACUAAACUUAAGAUUUCAAGCUUUACGCACAAAUAUGUGAAAAAAUAUGUGUUUGUGUUUGUGUGUAAUCACAGUAACUUGACUGUGGUGUUGUUCUUGCUUUUUCAGUAUUUCAGCAUUUUGUACACUGCUGAUUUCCUGAUAGUUUCACACACAAAUCUCUCCACUUUAAACAGAAAACUAAAAUCCAGCAUGUGUCAGUUCUGUGGGGGUGUAAACGCUUUGACGAUCAGAGUCUGAACCAACAGGAAGAUUAGAAAUUAGUUUUUGAGCAGAAAAGCAUCUGAGGAACGACUAAAGCUCGACUUGAGCUUCAAAAGCAGAGGACUGUCAUAUCUGAAGUGACAUAUUUUAACCGUCCAGUUCCUGCUCUCAGCUUGAGUAACACAAUCCGGACAGUUUCCCGCUAUCCUGUAUCUGCUGAAUCACUUGGUUCGGACAUGCUAUUCUGCUCAUCACGGUUGUAAAGAGUAGUUAGAGAGCAGUCUGCCCGGUCAGCUUGUAGAGAGCCACAAGCUUCAAAUAUCUCAGACGAAACACUGAAUUCAAUAAAACAGAAAGUAUUCGGAAAGCUCAUUAAAAAUGUAUUAAUGUCCCAAAUCUGAUCUAAAGUCUAAGCACCCCCCAGGUUUCUUUUACCUAACAUGUAAGUUGUUUUUUUUUGGACUAAAUGUAACAGUACUGUUGUGAAGGUUCGAACUGAGGAAAUAAAUAAAAUUAAAUGAAUAAAUAAAUAAGAAUUAAACAGUAUCUCUUGUCCAAGCUGUUAGAAAUUACAAUAAAAUAUUUUUUCCUUUC